CAAACCAUAAACACCGCUAGCUGUGAUUUAGCUGUCAUUUGGAAACCACGAAACCGCUGUCUGGAUAACCUGCUUUCUAUUAUUAAUACGUUCUGCUCUUUCCAUACACUUUUACAUUGUCAUCUUUAAAUCUUCAUAUUGGUUAGCUUGUUUAAUUUUCGCACUUGUUCGAGACUAGAAUUUACAACUUUAGCUUCCUUUUGGUUCUAUGCUCGUUUAGUCGUUUCGUCUGGCAUCAGUUUUCUCAAAGUGUCGAUCAAUGUUUAUUUUUUUUUCAGUAAGGCUCUACACUUAAGGAUUUGCUUCCGUUAGUAUUUUUGGUCAUAACCACUGUUAUUUGUAAUCAGAAUUUAGAACUUUUCCCCUUUGAUUCUCAGCUUGUUCGGCAUCAGUUUUUUUCAUUUUUUUUCAAAAGUUGGGCUUGGAAGAAAAUCCCAGCUGAUCAAUGUUUUUCCUUUGAUACUUCAGGGGGGAGUGAGGCUUUGUUCUUAAGAGAUUUGCUUGCUGUUAGUAUUUUCGGUCAUAACCACUGUUAUUUGUAAGACUACUUCUUCGGCAUCAGUUUUUUUUUUUUUUCUUUUUGAAGUUCGGCUUGGAAGAAACUCCCAGCUGAUCGACGUGUUUCUUUUGACUUAAGGAGGAGUGAGUGUUCUGUUUCUAAGGAGUUGCUUCAUCACCAGACAUUCACUUCGAUUUUCCACCAUUAAUUUGCGUAUUCCAUUAAAAUAUGGAAUCCAUUGUUUGUGACGCUGCUAAUAAAGUUGUGGAAUACACGUUUGGUGUCAUCAAACGUGGGUUUGUGUACGUAAUAUAUGUUGACAGCAAUGUCCAGAAUCUCAAGGAGAAAGUUCAAAACCUGAUGCAUGCCCGAGAGAGAGUGCGGCAUGAUGUUGAUGGGGCCAAAAGAAAUGCGGAAGAGAUUGAAGAGGAUGUCCUGAAAUGGAUGGCCGACGUCGAUGAGAAAUUAACUGAAGCGGGUGGGGACAAGUUGAAGGAGGAUGAAGAGAAAGCCAAGAAAAAGUGUUUCAUUGGGUUGUGUCCUAAUUUCAAGUGUCGUUACCAACUUAGCAAGAAAGCAGAGGAAGAGGCGCAGGCUAUCGUUCAACUCCUGGGAGAAGGCAAAUUUGACAAAGUUUCGUAUUCUGUUGCUCCAGAAGCGAUAAUAAACAAAGGUUACGAUGCCUUUGAAUCGAGAACAAGUGCCAUGGAGGAGAUUAUGAAUGCCUUAAGGCAAUCAAGUGUCCCAAUAGUUGGAAUACACGGGAUGGCUGGUGUAGGCAAGAGCACCCUUGCGAAAGAAGUUGCUCGUAAAGUCAGGGAAGAACGCUUAUUUGACGAAGUGGCAAUGGCAGUGGUUUCACACAAUCCAGUCAUAAGACAAAUUCAAGGAGAAAUUGCUGACAUUUUGGGCCUCAAAUUUGAUGUUGAGACUGAUGGUGGAAGAGCAAUGCAUUUACGGAAGCGAAUAAAUAAUGGCAAGAGGAUCCUCAUAAUUUUAGAUGACCUCUGGCAGAAACUCGAUCUUGAAGCUGUCGGGAUCUCAUUUGAUAAUGAAGCCGCUCAAAAAUCUUCAAUUGCUGGAGUUGGAAUCUCAUUUGAUAAUGUAGCCGCUCAAAAAUCUUCAAUUGCUGCUCAAAAAUCUUCUACUGCUGGAUGCAAAAUAUUGCUGACUUCCAGAAGCCUCGAUGUGCUCCGCCUUAUGGAUGCUGAGAGGAGUUUCGAAGUCAAAAUCUUAUCUCAAAAAGAAUCAAAGAUUCUGUUUGAAAAUAUAGUUGGUGAAGCCGUUGGAAAAUCUGAUGAUUAUCAACGUAUAGCGGAUGAAUUGGUGGAAAAAUGCGCAGGGCUGCCAGUUGCUAUUUUAGCAAUUGCAAAUACAUUGAAAAGAAGGGAUCUUCCGCAUUGGAAGGAUGCCUUGCGGCAGCUGCAGAGAUCAAUUUCAUCAAGCAUAAAAGGGGUGAAAGACGAUGUACAUUACACUAUAGAAUUGAGUUACAGAUGGUUGAUAAAGGAGGAAGCACAAUCUCUGUUCCUGCUUUGUGGCCUGCAUCCUCAAGGUUUUGAUAUUCUUGUCUCUGAUUUGCUACAGUAUUGUAUUGGGUUGGAUAUGCUGAAAGGCAUCAAAACUGUAGAAGAAGCAAGAGAAAGAAUUGAUGUACUAGUUGAUAUGCUCAAAGAUUCUAGCUUGUUACUGAAGGGAAAAGAUAACGAAUGGGUGAAGAUGCAUGAUCUCAUUCGCGAUGUUUCCCUUUCAAUCGCCUCUAAAGAUAAGCGGAUGUUGGUCAUAGAGGACGAAAAUCGUAUGAAAGAACUAUUGAAGAAGGGAAAACCCAAUGACUGCACUGCUAUCUCAUUGCUAUACAGUAAUAUUCAUGAGCUUUCUCGUGUGGAACGUUCGAAAUUGGAGCUACUCAUGUUGCUGAAUAAAGAUUCUUCUUUCCAAAUCUCAGACACUUUUUUUGAAGGCAUGAAUGAGCUGAAGGUGUUAAAUGUGACUGGUAUGAACUUUCCAUCUUUACCUUCAUCAUUUCUUUCAUUAACUAACCUUCAAACGUUGCGUUUGUAUCAAUGCAACUUGUCUGAGAUAGCCAUCAUAAGGAAUCUAAAGAAGUUAGAUAUCCUUAGCUUUCAGGGUUCUAGUAUUAAGCAAUUGCCAGUAGAGAUAGCAGAAUUGACCCAACUGAAAUUAUUAGAUUUGAGUGAAUGUUACAAACUUAAAGUGAUCCCAGCAAACGUCAUGUCAAAGUUGUCUAGAUUAGAAGAGCUAUAUGUUGGCAACAGCUUCUGUCAAUGGAAUGUUAACGGAAAUGCACAACUUCCAGAGUUGAAGAACUUGUCUUGUUUGUCUGCCUUACAUGUAUUUAUUCCUGAUGCCCAAAUUAUGCCAAAAGACUUGUUCUCUGUGAAGUUGGGAAGAUACAAGAUUGCCAUAGGAAAUCUUGAUUGGGAUUUUUCUGGGUGUGAAGCUUCGAAAGCAUUGCAACUUAACUUAGAUACUGGUAUUCAUUUAGCUGAAGGGAUUAAAAUGUUGGUAGAGAAAACUGAGGAGUUACGCAUAGAGGAAUUCAAAGGGGCCGAGAAUGUGCUCUACGAGUUAGAUAGGGAAGGUUUUCCACAUUUGAAGCAUCUCAGAGUCGUUAAUUCCUCAGACAUGAAAUGUAUUAUUAAGUCCAUGGGGUCGGCUUCGCAUAAAGCAUUUCCUGUUUUAGAGUCAUUGGAGCUUAGAGAGCUAACUGUUUUGGAGAAGAUAUGUGAUGGUCAACUCAAAACAGAAUCAUUUAGCAGACUAAAAACCGUAGAAGUUGCAGGGUGUGAUAGAUUGAAGUAUCUUUUCUCAGUCUCCAUAGCAAAAAAUCUCUACCAACUUCAAGAAAUUCGCGUAUGGAAGUGCGAGAACAUGAAAGAGAUAGUUGUAGAGGAGGAGGGAAGGGAAGAAAAUGUUGUAGAGUUUCGUCAGUUGCGCUCUUUGGAACUGCGAAAUUUGCUAAAAUUGAAAAGCUUUUAUUCCAUGGAGGAAACGCCUUCCUUAAUAGGACAAGGAGGAAGUGUAUCAAGCACAAAUAUGGUUCCACUUUUCAACGGAAAGGUUGUGUUCCCUGCCAUAAAGGAGUUGGUAUUAGAAUCAAUGAGUAGCAUCGAAAAACUAUGGGAUGAUCAGCUUCCAGCUGUUGCACGGUCUUUUGGUUUUCAAAAUUUAUCAAGUUUGGAAGUGAAAAGCUGUCAUAAUUUGAAGAAUGUGUUUACUUCCUCAAUGGUUAAAAGCUUUGUGCAACUAAAAACACUUGUUGUGGUACAGUGUGAGGAAAUGGAAGAGAUAAUAACAGUCAGUGCAAAAGAAGAAAGGAAUAACAUAAUGGUAUUUCCUAAACUUGAAUCCUUGGAUCUCUACUUUCUUCCCAAUCUUAAAAGAUUUUGCUAUGGAAUUAAUCCAAUUGAAUUCCCUGUUCUAAGGGAACUAAGGAUAUUCAAUUGUUCUCUUCUAAACACGUCCAUUGUUGUGUUCCCUGCCAUAAAGGAGUUGGUAUUAGAAUCAAUGAGUAGAAUCGAAAAACUAUGGGAUGAUAAGCUUCCAGCUGUUGCACGGUCUUUUGGUUUUCAAAAUUUAUCAAGUUUGGAAGUGAAAAGCUGUCAUAAUUUGAAGAAUGUGUUUACUUCCUCAAUGGUUAAACGCUUUGUGCAACUAAAAACACUUGUUGUGGUACAGUGUGAGGAAAUGGAAGAGAUAAUAACAAUCAGUGCAGAAGAAGAAAGGAAUAAAGCAAUGGUGUUUCCUAAACUUGACUACUUAUAUCUCGACGGGCUAUCUAAUCUCAGAAGAUUUUCCUGUGGAAUUAAUCCAAUUAAAUUUCCUGUUCUAAGGAAACUAAAGAUAACAGAAUGUCCUGCUUUGAGCACAUUUCAUUGUGAUUCUAUUACAAACGUUGGAAAGAGCAGCAACAUCAUCUCAAAGGAUCACAAACUUCAAAUUGAUGUACCACACUGUCUAUUCAAUGAUAAGGUUGUGCUCCCUGCCAUAAAGGAAUUGGUAUUAGAAUUAAUGAGUAGCAUUGGAAAACUAUGGGAUGAUCAACUUCCAGCUGCUGUAUUGUCUUCUGUUUUUCAAAAUUUAUCAAAUUUGGAAGUGGGGAGCUGUCAUAAAUUGAAGUAUGUAUUUCCUUCCUCGGUGGUUAAAAGCUUUGUGCAACUGAAAACACUAGUUGUAAGAGAGUGUGAGGAAAUGGAAGAGAUAAUAGCAGUCAGUGCAGAAGAAGAAAGGAAUAACAGAAUGGUGUUUCCUAAACUUGACUCCUUAGAGCUCAAGAGGCUUCACAAUCUCAAAAGAUUUUGCUGUGGAAAUCCAAUUCAAUUCCCCGUUCUAAGGGAACUAAAGAUUUGGAUUUGUCCUAUUCUGAGCACAUUUCUUUGUGAUUGUACGAGUGUUGGAAAUGAAGCAAGAAAGAGUAGCAGCAGCAACAUCUCAAUCCCAAAAUAUCUAUUUAAAGAAAAGGUAGCGCUUCCUAUGCUACAGCACUUGGAAAUUCAUUCCAUGGAAAACUUGGAAAGGCUAUGGCCUAACCAACUUGCCGAGCAAUCCUUUUCCAAACUAAGUUACUUUGAAUUGAAACGUUGUAAUAAGCUAGUGAAUGUUUUCCCAUUGAGUAUGUUGACAAGACUUGAAAGGCUUGACAAACUAAUCAUAUGGGAUUGUGAAUUCGUGGAAGAAAUAUUUGAACCCCAACAAGCAGAUGGUAGUACUGCAGCAGCUGUAUUUGAAUUUCGACGACUAACAUCUUUGGAACUCAUAAGAUUGCCAAAACUAAAGAACUUUUAUCAUAAAAUGCAUUCUGUAAAUUGGCCAUCAUUGAAAGAGAUAGAGGUGAUUGGAUGUGACAAAGUGGAGAUAUUAUUUGGUUUUCAAGAAACAAGUGGAGGAAAAAGUGAAUAUGAAUUAAUCCCAAUUCAACAGCUUUUAUUUUGGGUGAAUAAUUUUACAUUCCCAACUCUACAACAACUUACUUUUAGAUGGAAUAAUGGGAUGAAAGAGAUAUGGCAUUGCUAUGCCCAACAACAACUACAACAACAACUACUUGCAUCCCACUACUUCUCCAAACUAAAAGUUGUCAGACUUUACGACUUUCCUGAACAAUUAGCCAUAUUCCCAUCUUACUUGCUCCACUUAUUAUCCUUUCCCAAUCUUGAAAAGCUUGAAAUAUGCGUAGCUUACUUUAAAGAGAUAUUCCCAAGUGAAGGAGUUGGUGAGGAAAAGCCUGCAUCUGCAUGGUUGCUACUCUCUCGGUUAACUGAAUUAAGGCUGAAAUAUCUUCCUGAAUUGAUGCAUCUAUGGAAGGAAAAGGAAGGGUGUCCCAAAUUAAAAAAUAAUUUAGUUCCAUCCAUAUUUUCUUUCAGAAAUCUGGUGACUCUUGAAGUUGCAAGAUGUGAUGGAAUCAUAAAAUUAGUUGCAUAUUCCACAGCCAAAAGCCUAUUGCAGCUCAAAGAAAUGAAGGUAUGGUCGUGCGAGAAUAUAGAAGAAAUAAUACAAGGUAUUGGGGAUGAUGAAGAUGAAGCAAAGGAAGAAAUCAGUUUCCCCCAACUCAACCUUUUGGAACUUGGGUACCUACCAAAGCUAGAAAGCUUCUGCUCAUCGGGGAAUUAUACCUUUGGAUUCCCAUCCUUAGUAACUGUAAUUCUGGAAAAUUGCCCAAAGAUGAAGAUGUUCUCUCAAGGAGACUCGAACACACCAUUGUUGGACAAAGUGCGGUUACAUGAUUGGGGAAAUGAAGAGCGUUGGGAAGGCAACCUUGAUAGCACCGUACAACAACUAUUCCAAGAAAAGGUGCUUUCUUCAUAUCAAGUUCAUAAAUGCAAGGGUUCUGAUUCCUAUUUCCUUAAACAUUGUGAUUUUGCUACAUUGACCCCAUACCAAAUUUUGGUAUAUGGCUGUCACGUGGUGUGCACAGUGCCUACAACAGCUCGUGGAGGGAUGGUUUAUCCAUCCUGUUUAGAACAUGUUCCAUUUUACUCAAAUCCUUGUGCUGAAUUCCAUUCUGCCUCAGGCUAUUUCUGGUGGCCCUACUAUCACUAUGCCGGUAGCGGGAAACUAGGCAGCGAAAAUGCUCCACACAGUUUCUCAUGUGUUGAGGGCUUAAGGCCAAUCAAUCCUAAGGAUAUUGAAUGGAAGAAUGGAAGAAUGGAAAGAAUCCAAUCUCCAUGGAAGGUGUCCUAG